GAUUUAGUGCAGUGUAAUCACAACGACACCAACCGCCCUAAAUCGCGGCCGAUAAUCGUGCCCGAUAGAUUGGGUAGUGUAAUGAUCGUGCCCGAUAGAUUGGGUAGUGUAAUAAGCGCCUAAGAAAUUCAAAUAGAAAGAUGUCAAAUAUGACCUAUUAAAAUAACCCAACUGUGUAGUUGUAGGCCAUAAAUUAAAAAAAAAAAAAGAAGAAGAAGAAGAACUGUGUAGUUGUGUAGUGUUUAAAAGUAACGUUGCUUUCGUCGGACGAGCUUUCAUUAAAACGUAGAUUAAAAGAGACAUAAAUGUAAUUUAAGGAAUUGAAUUAUAUUCUUUCUUUGCUAUAAAAAUAUCACAAGCUUUUCCAAGUCAUGAAUGAACCUGGUGUAAUUCGAAAAUUGAGUGAAGAUGUUGUGAAUCGUAUUGCGGCUGGUGAAAUUGUACAAAGGCCAGCUAACGCUCUAAAAGAAUUGAUCGAAAACAGGUUGGUGUUGGGCUUUUUAUCACCCUCUUCUUCAUAAAAAUGGUGUACCUUUUCGAAUAUCGUUACAAAUCAGUUCAUUACAAAUUUGCAAGUAUUUGCUGCAAUUUUCCUAAACAUUUAUUAUAAAGUUUUUGUUUAUUUAUUAAAACAUUAAGGGUUACAGGCAUCCAAAUGAUAUUUUUUAUUUUUAACAUGCAAAAGCAUUUAUAGUUAGCGUUAUUGAUUAAAUACGAGUUGCACAAUAAAAUUUUAUUAAAAUAUAUAUUUUUGACAUAGUUUUGUCAUCAUAAUACUGUCUUGUUUUAUUGCAUGUUACAUACAAAAUAUUUGCUGAUUAAACUUACAUACCUAUACUUUAGUAGUAUGUGUUUACUUAGAGUUUCAACCUAAUAUUUGCCUUAUUAGUUACUUUAAUUAUGAGUUGUCACCUGCUUUUGUGUAUUUAAUAAAAUAAAUAUGUUCCAACAUCAUCAUUGUCAUAAGAAAUAAGCUUUUUAGGAAAGAUAUUUUUUUUUUCAGUUUGGAUGCAAAAGCUACAAAUGUAAUUAUUACAGUUAAAUCUGGUGGUCUGAAAUACUUGCAGGUAACAAAAAAUAAAUUAAACAUUUUAAGACUCAGUUUGUAUAGGUAAGGCAAUUUUAAUAUUAUAUUAUGACCAGAUUCAAGAUAAUGGCACUGGAAUUCGAUAUGAAGAUUUGGAAAUAGUUUGUGAGAGAUUUACAACUUCAAAAUUGCAACAAUAUGAAGACCUUCGUCAGAUCUGCACAUAUGGUUUUAGAGGAGAAGCUCUUGCAAGCAUAAGUCAUAUAGCACAUCUUACAAUACUCACAAAAACAUCUAGUGCAAAAUGUGCUUACAGAGCGUCAUAUGAAAAUGGUAGACUAAAAGGUCCCUUAAAGGCAUGUGCUGGUAACAAUGGAACACAGAUAACAGUGGAAGACUUAUUUUACAAUGUAAUAGCUCGGAAGAAAGCUCUUAGGAGCCCAUCUGAAGAAUACACCCACAUAAUGGAUGUGGUUACUGGUUAUGCCAUACAUAACAAUCAUGUUGGGUUCACGCUUAAAAAGUUUGGAGAGAACACUGACUUGAAAACACCUAUAAAAUCAUCUGUAAUUGACAACGUCCGAAUAAUACAUGGUAAUACAAUAGCACGAGAACUAAUGGAAAUAAAACUCACAGAUCCAGUUUUAAAGCUAAAUGUUAACGGUUAUAUCACUAAUGUCAAUUAUUCAAAUAAAAAGGGAACAUUACUAUUAUUUAUUAAUCAUAGAUUGGUGGAUUCACAAGCUAUAAAGAAAGCAGUGGAGUCUGUUUAUUCUACGUAUCUACCCAAGAAUGCUCAUUCUUUUGUUUACCUUAGUUUGGAAUUAGAUCCAAAAAAUGUUGAUGUUAAUGUCCAUCCCACAAAACAUGAGGUUCAGUUUUUAUAUGAGGAACAAAUUAUUGAGAAAAUUAAGUCAUGUAUCGAAACUAAACUUCUCAGUUGUAAUUCUUCAAGAGUUAUGUACACUCAGGCCCGUUUACCAGGUGCCACAGCAGUUGAAGAAAACGUUAAGAAAACUACAGAAGGUGCUAGAGUUUACGCUAAUAAUAUGGUACGCGUCAAUGCUGAUGUACAAAAAAUUGACAAGUUUUUCCCGACUACCACAAAAGUUGUUGAAUCUAAACUAAAUAAACCAAGAGAUGAAGAUGAUAUAUUUGCAGAAGAUGAAGAAAAACAAAUAGAUCAUGAUAUUGAAAGUGUAACUAAAGUUGUUCAAGAAUUUAAAAAACCUGAUGCAGUAGAAGAAAAAGGAACCGAAUUGUUGGAUAGUUCUCUAGUAAAUGAACCUAAUGAAUGUGUUAAAAUCAUACCCGACAGAUGGAAAGCAACAACAGCUGCAGAUCAGGCUAAUGCAACUUACAUAGAUCCGAAGGAAUCUUUUAAGACUAGAACUUUCAAAUAUGAGCGAAUAGAAACAAAACUGACUAGUGUUAAACAGCUAAGAUUAGACGUAGAAAAUAAAUGUAAUAAGAAUCUUCGGGAGAUUUUAGCUAAUCUUAUAUUUAUAGCUUGCAUAGACAUCCAUAAAUCAUUGAUACAACACUCAACAAAAUUAUAUUUGUGUGAUACAACUAAAUUAACAGAGGAAUUAUUUUAUGAAACUAUGUUAUACGAUUUCCAAAAUUUUGGUUUAAUAAAACUAUCAAAUCCCUUAUCGCUGGAAGAACUAUUAGUUUUAGGACUUAGUUCACAAGAAGAACAAUGGAAUCCAGAAUUAGGUAAAUUUCAUCAAAAAUUUUAAAUAUAUAAAAGAUUUAACUAUUAUAAUAUGAUUAUAAAUAUUUUAUUAUGAUUUUUGUUUACUAUUUUACAGGUGAUAUGCGACAGUUAGCAUGUCAAAUGGUAGAGUUGUUAAUUGUUAAAAGAGAUAUGCUCUUAGAAUAUUUUUCUUUGGAAAUAAAUAAAACUGGCGAGUUAUUAGCACUACCUUUAUUGUUGGGUGAGUAUUUAACACAUUUAAACUGUUUUAGAUUCAUUAAAAAUUCUGUUUAUAAAUGGUAUAACCCUAAAUUAUAUUUUUUAGAUGGCCACACCCCAUUCAUGGGUGCUCUGCCCACUUACCUCGUUCGAUUAGUAACAGAGGUGAAUUGGGAGUCUGAAAAGGAGUGCUUUGAUACGUUUUCCCGACAGACUGCUAUAUUUUACUCGCAGCCCAACCCGGAUGACACGACAGAAGUGCAGAAAUCUGAGUUUUGGAGGCAAGAGCACGUGAUUUUCCCGGCCAUAAGAAGAUAUUUUCUACCCCCGACGAGUUUCGUUAAUAAUGGUGCCAUUUUACAAAUAGCUAAUCUUAAUGAUUUGUAUAAAGUGUUCGAAAGAUGUUAGUAAAAUGUGUUUUUUUUUACAUUUUUAUUCUCGUAUUCAAUAUUUU